UCCAUCUCUGCUCAGUGCUCACUCCCAACCUGCCCGAACAAAAACAAGUGAAGAGCCUCCCUAACCAACUAGCAAAGCCCCAACCAACCAGAGUUGGAAGAAAGAGAAGCUGCAAAAUUCCCAUACACACACUCUCAUCCCUCUCUUCCAUUCCAGCCCUUUCCACGAUUUCGCUCAUCUUUUAUUCCUUCAUGUAGCAGAAAAGAAACAAAAAGGAGGUAAAGAUGGCUUAAAAUUCCCAAAACCACCUGGAAAAGAGCUUCUUUGGCCCUUAAGUUGCUGGCAUUUGGUAGUACUGCUUUCUCUAAUCCCAAGAGGAAGAGGAGGGGUAGGGAGCUAGAAAGAACAUAUGCAGCUUUGCCUGGCGCCUAGCUCAGGCCGUAGCUGAAUGCCUAUGGGUCAAGAAGUUUGAAUCUUUACUCCCUUUCUUGUCUUCGCCUUUCGCUUCUCUCUCCUCUCUUCUUUGCUGCGUCUUGCUGGUCUCUGGACUCUGGAGUGUCUCCUCCACUGGUUCAAUCAAUGGUGGGCACUGGUGCUGGUUUGGGCUUGGGCAUGGAAGCUACCAGCUGUGGUGCUUUGCUCAGAGAGCUCCAGCAACUCUGGGCAGAGGUAGGAGAAAGUGAGGGUGAGAAGAACAAGGUCUUGUUAGAGAUUGAAAGGGAAUGCUUGGAAGUGUACCGCAGGAAGGUAGACGAUGCCAAUCGGACUAGGGUCCAGCUGCACCAGUCUGUGGCUGCUAAAGAAGCUGAAGUUGCAUCUCUGAUUGCUACUCUAGGGGAGCACAAGCUGUAUUUGAAGAAAGACAAGGGCGUUGUACCACUCAAGGAACAACUUGCUGCUGUCGUUCCAGUACUAGAGAACUUGAAAUGCAAGAAAGAGGAAAGGAUCAAGCAGUUCUCUGAUAUUCUAUCACAGAUUGCGAAGAUCCGCUUUGAGUUGAGUGAAUAUAAUGAUCAGGGUGAUAAUGCGAGCAGUCUUGCUGCCGAUGAACAUGAUUUGUCAACGAGGAAGAUCAACAAUUACCAAGCACAGCUUCGUGCUCUUCAGAAAGAAAAGUCUGAGCGCCUUCACAAAGUUCUGGAGUAUAUAGAUGAAGUGCAUUCUUUAUGUGGCGUGCUUGGAAUUGAUUUUGGAAAGACUGUAAAUGAAGUUCAUCCCAGUUUACAUCAGAAUGGUGUUGAGAAGUCCAGAAACAUCAGCAAUAGCACACUGGAAGGCCUUGCUAGUACUAUAUCCAAGCUAAAUGCGGAACGGAAGUCUAGAAUUUAUAAGAUGAGAGAAACAAUGGAAUCAUUAUGUCAACUCUGGAAGCUAAUGGACUCUCCUGAAGAAGAGAAGAGGCAAUUUAGCAAAGUGAUGAGUAUUCUCAUAUUACCAGAGGAGGGGAUCACAUCACCCGGCGUUCUCUCUCAGGAAAUAAUUGAGAAGAUGGAAGCUGAAGUUAGGAGGCUGACGAAACUUAAAACCAGCAGACUAAAGGAUAUUGUCAUGAAAAGGAGGACAGAAUUGGAAGAUAUAUGCCGAAACGCACACAUAGAACCUGAUGUCAGCACAACCCCUGAGCAAACUAAUGCUCUGGUUGAUUCUGGCCUCAUUGACCCGUCUGAGCUCCUGGCAAAUAUUGAGUCGCAGAUAUUGAAAGCAAAAGAAGAAUCCCUUAGCCGAAAAGAUAUUAUGGACAGGAUAAAUAAGUGGAUUGCUGCUUGUGAUGAAGAGGCUUGGCUCGAAGAAUAUAACCAGGACCCAAAGAGGUAUAGCGCUGGAAGGGGUGCUCACAUAAACCUUAGAAGGGCAGAAAAGGCACGGAUUUUGGUCACAAAAAUCCCAAGUAUGUUGGACAACCUGAUAAACCGGACAUUUGCUUGGGAAAACGCAAGAAAUAAACCCUUUCUCUAUGAUGGGGGGCGCUUAAUAUCUGUUCUAGAAGAGUACAGACUUAGCAGAGAACAGAAAGCAGAGGAAAAACGACGAUACCGGGACCAGAAGAAGCUAGAGAGCAUCCUACUUGCAGAGAAAGAAGCAAUUUUUGGCUCUAAAUCAAGCCCAAAGAUGAUGAACAGCUUAAAUAGGAAGAUAAACGGGUACCGGUCAAAUGGAAACAGUAAUGGACUCAAGACUGCAACUCCUCGGCGAUCAUCUCUUGGCAGUGCUACUCCUGAACUUUUGACUCCCAGAUCAUAUUCUGGCCAUAAUAGAUACUUUGGCAAUUUGAGGCGGCUAUCGGCUACCCAAUUGAACUUCGGUGAUGAUUCGCUAUCGACAUUUACAUCCAUCAGUGGCUCUGAACCAGAAUCCCCCUCUCUGGGGUGAACACAAUACUGUUGGACGAUGUAAUGGUCUGAUUGGCCACGUAACCAGUAUUGUAAAUGGAGCACUAUACUACGAAGUUCUUGCACUAGUAUGUACAUUCCUGAUGUCAUAUAUUUAGCUGGUAUUUGGCUAGUAAGCACUGGAUUGGUUGACUUGGUUUGGGUUUGUAAUUGAAGAGUUUUGAGUUGGUUGGCUUUGUAGAUUGACGGUUAGGUGAAAAUGUAGGGGGUGAUUUUUUUUCUUUUGUUUUGUUUUUCUAGAACUGGUGAUUUGGAUUUGGGGGCAAUCAGCUGUGACAUAUCAUAACUUAUGCGAUUGGCUUGUGUACUGCAACCUUGUACAACUACUAUGAAAAUCUAUGUACAGAUUCUACUA